CGUUCACUCAAUUGUGAGCAUGUUAAUUGUUUCGCGAAGAUACAACCGUGAAAGUGUCCUAAAUAAGAAUCUUUUUAUAGCGAGUUCAGUUCGAUACAUGUGAUUGGCGAUGAUCUAUUAACAUCGAUUGUAGGAAGAAGUUCAGCUUAGUAAAGAUCAACUAUCCCAUUUGAAAAUGGCAUUUAAUGCGUUCGACCCCGAUAAAAAAGGAUGUAUUGAUACGAGCAUGGUAGGCACAAUUUUGAGUAUGCUUGGCCAUGAAGUGAAAUCAGACGAACUCUCAGAAAUUAUAUUAGAAGUUGAUACAUGGGGAACCGGGGAACUGAAAUUCGAGGAGUUUUGCCAAGUAGCGUCGCGCUUCCUUGAAGAGGAUACUGACUCUGAGGAAAUACAACAAGAAUUACGAGAAGCAUUCCGAUUAUAUGAUAAAGAAGGCAACGGUUAUAUCACAACCGAUGUAUUCAGAGAUAUCCUUCACGAACUGGACGACGCGCUAUCUCCGGAGGAACUUGAUAUGAUUAUAGACGAAGUGGACGCUGAUGGAUCUGGCACAGUCGAUUUCGAUGGUGAGAAAUCUUGUGUGGCGCACAGGUGCUAAUCCACUUCGUCUUUGCAAACCUGACUAUAACCCCGGUGUUUAUGUUACAGAAUUCAUGGAGGUCAUGACAGGAUAAAUUAUGACUUUGGCACCGCGCGGAUGCAUCGUGUCUAUCGCCCACGAACAACGAGUAUGCCUGUGCAAACAGAGAAGCCGAAAACUCUUCAAAAUUAUAUGUGACGUUGACGGAAAGUCAUGCGUUUAUUACACAAAAAAGUUCCGUCGUAAAACUUACGUUUUUUUUUUUUUU